GGCAAUCAGUCAUGACUAUCGAACAACAUCAUGUUUAGCUGCCAACAGGCAAGCUUAUUCUCGGCCCACCCGACCACCCUAACCCAUCCCGGCAAGCGUACACCAGCCUUAAUUCGACUCGAUAAUUGCAACAGGGCGUGAGUCAGACCGUGACAUCUCCAUAUCCCGUACCACCUCCCAACCCAUACCACUCCAUACUCAACACCACCUCACCCCAUCAAAAUGACCCAGUCCCCCCUCACCACCCCCCUCACCACCCUCCUCAAAACCUCCCUUCCAGACCUAACCCCCUACGAAACCCUCUACAAGCACCUCCACACACACCCCGAACUCUCGCGCCAAGAGCGCCGCACCUCCGAAACCAUCGCCGCCCACCUCACCUACCUCCAAGUCUACGACCUCCACACCCACAUCGGCGGCUACGGCCUGGCCGGCAUCUUCCGCAAUGGCCCGGGCAAAACGGUCCUCCUCCGCGCCGACAUGGACGCCCUCCCUGUCCAGGAACUCACUAACCUUCCCUACGCAAGUACCGUGAUGAUGCGGGAUGCCGACGGGGUCGAGAAACCCGUCAUGCAUGCCUGUGGCCAUGAUAUGCAUGUUACGUGCUUGUUAGCGGCGGCGGAGACGCUCGUUCGGAUGCGUGAUGCGUGGAGUGGGACGGUGAUUGUGCUGUUCCAGCCGGAUGAGGAACGUGGCGGGGGUGCGCAGGCGAUGGUCGAUGAUGGAUUGUAUGAUCGGAUUCCGGUGCCGGAUUAUGUUCUGGGGCAGCAUGUGAUGCGGAUGCGAGCGGGGAGUGUAGGAUCCCGGCCGGGGGCGAUCAUGGCCGCGGCGGAUAGUAUGAAGAUCACGGUGUUUGGGCGUGGGGGACACGGAUCGCAGCCGCAUCAGACGGUGGAUCCGGUGGUGUUGGCGGCGCAUAUUGUGAUUCGGUUGCAGGGGAUUGUCAGUCGGGAGGUCAAUCCGAGUGAGUUGGCGGUGGUGACGGUGGGGAGUUUGCAGGCGGGUCAGACGGAGAAUAUUAUUGCGGAUCGGGCGGAGAUUGGGGUGGAUUUUCGGUCGGUGAGGCUGGAGGUGAGAGAGCAGAUUAUCGCGGGGAUUAAGCGCAUUGUGGAGGCCGAGUGUGUGGCCAGUGGAUCGCCGAAGCCGCCGGUGUUUACCCCCACGAGACGGUUUCCGCCGACGGUCAAUGAUGGGGAUGUGGCGGGGAGGGUGGCGGAGAUGUUUCGGAUGCAUUUUGAGGAGGAUUUUGAUGGGGAUGUGCCCAGGACGAAUGUGGCGGAGGAUUUCUCGACUCUGGCGACGUGUCGGGGGAUUCCGAGCUGUUUUUGGCUGUUUGGGGGGGUGGAUCCGGAGGUGUGGGAUACGGCGCAGGCGGAGGCGCGGACGGAGGAGAUUCCGGGGAAUCAUUCGGCGCUGUUUGCGCCGGUCAUUCAGCCGACGAUGCGGGUGGGGGUGGAUGCGUUGUGUUUGGCUGCGUUGGCUUUUUUGAAAAAAUGACGGACAGGAGGUACUCCAUACGGAGUAUAUCUGCAGAGUUAUAGAGAAAAGCAGCGCUACACUUGAUACAUACAUACCACUUCCCCAUCCUCCAGAUCUCCGAUUCCCGUGUCACGAAAACAGUACAUAGUCCCGUGCUGGUAGCUGUAAAGAGAUGGGUUGCAUUAGGCAGAUCUGGGUAGCUCAAGGCGUGGAUCUUUCUCUUUCAGUUUUUGGUCUGAGUGGGCGGAGAGAAUGGGAAUUGUAUAGGUAGCCGGCUCACUUAGGCGUCCUGGUGUCUUGUGUGAUAUCGAUGGAUUGUGAAUGGCGGUAGAUAGUAUCAAUGGAUUCG